AUGACUACCAAAGAUCCCAUUUCAUAAUAAAUGGAAAUUGAAGAUCCAACCGAAUAAUGGUUAAAAGAUAUCGAAGGCUUAAAUGACGAAGAAAUUCGAAAUAGAAUAAAGAUAUUCGACGAGAAUAUCCGUGUAAUGAGAAACUAAGAAAAUCGUUUAAAAAGUGAUAUUACAAAAUCCAAAAAGCAAAUUAAAGAUAACCAAGAAAAAAUUAAAUUAAACAAACAAAUGCCUUAUUUAAUUUCUAAUGUCGUAGAAAUCCUCGAUAUUGAACCCGAAGAAGGCGAAGACUAAGAUACUGCUGCCUUAGAUAUCAAUUCUACCCGUAAAGGAAAAGCCGUAGUAAUAAAAACAUCCACUAAACAUACUGUAUUCCUUCCAGUAAUCGGUCUAGUAGACGCUGAAGACCUUAAACCUGGUGAAUUAGUUGGCGUAAAUAAAGAUUCAUACCUCGUCUUAGAAAAGCUUCCUGCUGAAUACGACAAUCGUGUUAAAGCAAUGGAAAUAGAUGAAAGACCAACUGAAUAAUACACAGAUGUAGGUGGUUUAGACAAAUAAAUUUAAGAACUUCGUGAAGCCAUAGUCUUACCUAUUACACAUAAAGAUAAAUUUGACUCCAUAGGUAUUAGACCACCUAAAGGUGUACUCAUGUAUGGACCUCCAGGUACUGGAAAGACUAUGAUGGCUAGGGCUUGUGCUGCUGAUACAAAUGCUACUUUUUUGAAAUUAGCAGGACCUUAGCUAGUAUAAAUGUUCAUAGGAGAUGGAGCUAAAAUGAUAAGAGAUGCUUUUGCAUUAGCUAAAGAAAAAAAGCCUACAAUAAUUUUUAUUGAUGAAUUAGAUGCUAUUGGUACUAAAAGAUUUGAUAGUGAUAAAAGCGGAGAUCGUGAAGUUCAAAGAACUAUGCUUGAGUUAUUGAAUCAAUUAGAUGGUUUUACUUAAGAUGACAGCAUUAAAGUUAUUGCUGCUACUAAUAGACCUGAUAUUUUAGAUCCUGCUUUAUUAAGAAGCGGAAGGUUAGAUAGAAAAAUAGAGUUCCCAUUACCUAAUGAAGAAGCUAGAGGGUAAGUCUUGAAGAUUCAUUCAAGAAAAAUGAAAACUAAAGAUAUUAUUUUCUCAGAAUUGGCAAGAAGUACUGAAGGAUUUAAUUGUGCUUAAGUAAAAGCAGUCUGUGUAGAAGCAGGUAUGUGUGCUUUAAGAAGGGGGCAGCAUUUUUAACACAUGAAGAUUAUAUUGAUGGCAUUGCAGCUGUUGAAGCUAAGAAAAACAAAAAUUGGAAUAUUAUGCUUGAUUUUUUAUUUUAUAUAUAUAUAUAUUUCACAUAUAUCAAUAUAAAAAUGAAACUAAUAAUAAAAGGUCUUUUUUUUAUUAUAUUAAAA